AUGAAGUACUCCGUCCUCGCCGGCCUGUCCCUCGUGGGCGCGGCCAUGGCCACUGUCCCUCCCAUUGAGAUCAAGGGCAAGAAGUUCUUCUAUUCCAACAAUGGCACCGAGUUCUACAUCCGUGGUGUCGCCUACCAGGCCGACUACUCCAGCCCAACCAGCGGCUCCGGCGGCUCCGGCAACAACUACAUCGACCCUCUCGCUGAUGUCGAGAGCUGCAAGCGUGAUAUUCCCUACCUGAUGCAGCUCCGCACCAACGUCGUCCGGACCUACGCUGUCAACCCCAACUCCUCCCACGACGAGUGCAUGAACGCCCUGGCCGAUGCCGGUAUCUACGUUAUCUCCGAUCUGUCCUCCCCCAGCGAGUCCAUCCAGUCCGAUGACCCCACCUGGGAUGCCGACCUGUUCACCCGCUACUCCGAGGUCAUUGAUGCCUUCGCCAAGUACCCCAACGUCAUCGGUUUCUUCGCCGGUAACGAGGUAGCCAACAAGAUCAACAACACCAACUCCAUGGCUUACGUCAAGGCCGCUGUGCGUGACAUGAAGUCGUACAUCAAGCAAAUGAACUACCGUAGCUCCCUGGCAAUUGGCUACGCCACCGACGACGAUGCCACCGUCCGUGAGCAGGUCUCGAACUACCUGGUCUGCGACACGGCCGCAGACUCGAUCGACUUCUUCGGCUACAACAUCUACGAGUGGUGCGGCGUUUCCUCCUACUCCACCUCCGGCUACGAGGAUCGCACCAAGGAGUACGCUGACUACCCCGUGCCCGCCUUCUUCUCCGAGUACGGUUGCAACCAGCCCCGUCCCCGUCCCUUCGGUGACGUGCCCGUCCUCUUCGGCCCCGAGAUGGAGAAUGUGUGGAGCGGUGGUAUCGUCUAUAUGUACUUCGAGACCGAGAACAAGUUCGGCCUGGUUUCCACCAGCGGCAACAGCGUCAAGACCCUGCAGGACUUUGAUAACCUGUCCUCGCAGAUGCUGAAGGCCACACCCACCGGCGUCAACAGCGCCAGCUACACCGCCACGACCACUGUCGGCCGCAGCUGCCCCUCCGUCGACGCCACCUACUGGUUGGCCGCCAGCGCGCUGCCCCCCUCGCCCAACGCCGACCUGUGUGAGUGCAUGUACAAUGAGCUUGAGUGUGUGCCCGUUGACAGCAUCUCCACCGAUAAGAUGACCGACACCUUCAACUACUUGGGUGGCGAGAAGGGCGCCAUGUCCGGUGUCGCGACCAACUCCACCUCUGGCACGUACGGUGCCUACUCCAUGUGCAAUGCUAAGCAGCGUCUCGCCUGGGCCAUGAACCGCUACUACCAGCUGAACAGCAAGAGCGCCGACGCCUGCGGCUUCUCCGGCGCUGCCACCACCAAGAAGGCCGUCACCGCCAGCUCCUGCUCUGCCCAGACUUCCGCCAUGAGCGCCAUUGGCUCUGCUGGCGUCAACUCUGUCGACGCUGGCGUUGCCGCCUCCGGCAGCGCCGGUAGCUCGGGCUCCACCUCCACCUCCAAGGGUGUCGGUGCCAUGACUUUCGGUCCCCAGGCCGUCCAUGUUGGCGCCUGGCAGGCCGGUGCCUACGUGGUUGCUGCGAUCGCUUCUGGAGUCUUCAUGAUCAUGCUGUAA